AUGCUGUUCGGUGAGGCUCCUGCUGAUCUUGGUGGCGGCGUCAUCCGGAUUACUUGGCUCAGGGAGACUUUUGAUGAGCUACCGCUUUCUGCAUCACCCCAGACGACAGAGCAGUUUGCAAGAGCGUAUGCGCUAUCUCUGAUGGGAGGUGUCUUGUUCUCCGAUCGGUCUGGAGGUUCAGUUCACCUGCAGUACCUACUUUUGGUGGAGGAUUGGCGCAGAGCGGGGAGGUUUGCUUGGGGAGCAGCUGUGCUAUCCUACUUGUACCGUGAGAUGGGUAGAUCGGCGCUGCAGAUGACGACAUCUUCUUCACUGGGUGAUGACUUUGGUGGAUGGUCCGCCUUGCUGAUGAUCUGGACGUGGGAGCGGUUUACUCAGGACGCAGUGCCAUGUGGCCUUCGGUGGCUUCUGGCCCACACCCGUCAGCAUGGAGAUCAGUUCUACUUGUACAAGCUGUGAUGUGGCAUCAUCCAGAUCGCGUGCUCGGACAGUUUGGGAUAA